AAUUGUUCAUGAGGUUCAACACCCCUCCAAAUAUCAGGACAUUCCUCUGCAGAGCUCAUUAUCUAGAUAUUCGACAUGAAUCGAUGGGAAGGAUUGGAGUAAAAAAUUGCUAUAAUGGCGGGGAAGAGAAUAUUGGACUUGGCCGCCCUAUUCAAUGCUUCCCGCGGGGUUGCACAGAAGCACAUUGCGCUUAAGACGAGGCAAAUAGAUGUCUACAACAGAACCUCGACUCUAGCAAGAGCAGUACGCAGCCAGACGGAUCGAGUCACGGAGACUGUAAAGGCCGCAUCGUUUCUUGCAUCGAGGUUAAACGAUAAUGUGCCGGAAUGGACUAAGGAGGCAACGAACAAUACUUCGAAUUCGCAAUCGAAUGACAGUGGCCCUGUACCUAACAGAAGGUCUACCAAGGAACAGGAGCAUUCCGCAGGAAAUAAAGAAGGUUUAGAGCAAGAUCAUUUCUAUGAAAGAUCAGAAUCAAACUCGGCCGUCAAUCCGAGACCACAAGGGGAUUUGGAUAUUCAGCAGGAGAAGGCCAAUAAUUACCCUCUGCCAGAUGGGACAAUUCCUCCUAAAGAUGCAGAUAUUGAUGCUCCCGAAUUGAAUGCAGAUACGACCCCGAUCAGGGCUCGAGCCGCGCCUACGUUAGACCCCAUAAAUAGUGAGGGGUUGCAAUCGGCGGCUUCCAAUGACUCGACAAUUCCUAUUCCCGAGAAAAAACCUUUGUCCGCAGAUGACGCAAAACGUAUCCAGCGAGAAUAUGAGCAACAAAUACCCUCAGUAACGGCAGAUGCGAUUGGGAAGUCGGAAAACCCAUUGGAGAAAGGACACGAUGAAGACUCUUUUUACGAUAGAUCAAAACAUACAUCACCUAGCUUAUCUUCUUUACCUAGGGCCAAGAUACCAAAACACACAUCCGAUGUUCAAGGAAAUGAUAAGCAUUUGAAACAAGAUGCUAUAAACUCUGAUACUUUCUCGGAGACUGUUCGUAGUACUGAAAAGAUACCUUCUGUUGAAUCGAUUCCUGAACAAGAGCAGCUACCCGAUGGUAUUAACACGGAUCUUUUCUAUAGCCCUAGGGUUGCAAGGUUAUUAGGAGGUAAGACUCAAGGAUCGAGUAAAGGCUCUCUAGGCUUGAAGGGUGUAAAAGGUACUCCUAUAGAACAAACCAAGCUGGCAAGGAAUAAAGAUCAGGACACCUUCAAUGUUCGUUCGUCAGUUCAGGCAGAACCAACCACUCCGGAUACUCCCUCCAAGCCAAUCGUCGAGACUUCCCAUCAAAAAGAUGCAGAUCUUGAGAAGCUGGCGGCAGAUAUUAGCAAAGAAACUAGCAAUGAUACUGUAAUUAUAAAUUCCUUUCGCACUUGAUGCAUGUGAUACUGAGGUCUGACAAUAAUUUAGAUGCAGCCAGAGGCAAGCUCGCAGCCUCUGCCUUACAAGUUGCGAGAAUCUAGUGUUCCUUCUUCAAGACUUGGGAGACUAUGGAAUUAUAGUGGUCUUGCGGCCGGUAUGGUGGGGGGAGCCAUCAGCGAAAGCCUUCGUCGAGUUAGUGGAGGGGGUGGUGAAGGUUCUUUUAUGUUAAGCGCAGGUAAUAUAGAUAGGCUGGUGACUAAGUUGUCACGGAUGAGGGGUGCAGCCUUGAAAUUAGGUCAAAUGAUCAGCUUCCAGGACUCAAAAAUGCUUCCUGCGCCAAUACAAGAAGUGAUGCAGCGCGUUCAGGACCGCGCAGAUUACAUGCCCGCUUCACAGAGGAACAAGGUGUUAAUAGCAAAUCUUGGUCCGGACUGGAGAGAUUUGUAUGGAGAGUUUGAGGAAGUUCCUUUGGCUGCAGCAUCUAUUGGUCAAGUCCAUCGUGCAACACUCAAGUCAACGGGUGCGAAGGUUGCUGUUAAGAUUCAGUAUCCGGGGGUUGCGGAUUCAAUAGAUUCCGAUCUUAACAAUCUCGCAAUCUUACUCACGGCUUCUCGUCUCCUGCCAAAGGGCUUGUUCCUCGAUAAAACGAUUGCAAACGCCCGAACAGAAUUAGCAUGGGAAUGCGAUUACAUUCGAGAAGCAGAAUGCGGAUUACGUUUUCAAGAACUUCUAGCAGACGAAGAGGACGUCUUCGUUGUUCCAAAAGUAUACGCCGAAGCAUCAGGCAAACAAGUUCUUACUAUGGAAUACAUGGAAGGAGUCGGUGUCACGCGUAUUCACAGCUUCACACAAGAACAACGAGACUGGAUUGGAACUCAAAUUCUUCGUCUGUGUCUUCGAGAGAUUACUGAAUUUAAGUACAUGCAAACGGAUCCUAAUUGGACAAAUUUCCUAUACAAUGCCCAAACCAACAAACUAGAACUUCUAGAUUUCGGUGCCUCACGCGAGUAUCCAGAGGAAUUCAUCACUAAAUAUACACAACUCCUAGAUGCAGCCUCCAGAUCUGAAAGAGAUACAGUCCGAAAUCUGUCCAUCGACCUCGGAUAUCUUACGGGCCACGAAUCUAAAGCAAUGCUAGAGGCACACAUUCAAUCCAUUCUCACUCUCGCAGAACCAUUCUUGGAAUCCUCACCGGAGAUUUACGAUUUUAAAGAUCAGACAAUUACGGAGAGAGUAAAGGCUCUCAUUCCGAUCAUGCUUAAAGAGAGAUUAGCGCCGCCACCAGAGGAAACGUAUAGUUUGCAUAGAAAGUUGAGUGGAGCUUUUUUGCUGUGCGCGAGGUUGGGGAGUAAAGUUAGGUGUAGAGAGUUGUUUACGAAUAGUAUGGAGAAGACGAAGUUUUUAUGAUGAGAGGAGAGGUAGAAGAUAUGUAUAAUAUGUGUUUGUACAUUUGUAUUUAGUGCUAGAGAUGGGGAUGGAGACGUCUAGCUUAGAAGAGAAAGACUGGGCUGUAGUAUAAGACAAAUAU